GUUAGAUUUUAUUCAAGUUCGUCAUAAAAGCAGCGGGUAGAACAAACAAUGGCUGUGUGGUCUGAUCUUCCGGCAGAUUUGAUGAGGAGCAUUGAUGACAAAAUUCUAUCUUAUAAAGAUCAAGUUAGAUGCAGAUGCGUGUGCUCUUCAUGGAGGUCUGCCUUACCGGAGAUGACUGGUUCAAUGCCGGGGCUAUUAGUGCCACUUAAAAGCGAAACCCAGACAGGCAGUAGAACGCCCUUCGGCUUCAUUGACCCCUUCGAGAAGAAAGUCCAUCGUCUUCGAUUCUCCUAUCCUCGAGGAACAGGAAUGUUGUUUCGAGGAUCUUGUCAUGGUUGGGUAGUCAGCAUAGAGGGCAGUUCUAUUUAUGUCAUCAAUCCACUCACGGGGGUUCAUGAGAUGCUUCCACCAAUAAUCGAACUUCCCGAUCUAAGGAAAUUCCGCCCUGAUACUUGUACCCUGCGUGAUUACAUCCUAGACAAGGUAUCGUUUUCAUCAAGUCCUCAAUCGAACAAUUUCGUGGCCGUGGCUAUAUACGGUGAUCGUGGAAGUUUGGCGUAUUGUAAACGUAGGGACAGACAAUGGACAUUGAUCCACCAUGGAGGCUACUCUGAUUUCAUCUUUCAUGGAGACCAGAUAUACACCGUGAACGGCAGCGGGAGUCUCGUUGUUUGCGACAUCCAAAACCAGUCCCCGAAGGUUUGGGAAUUAGUUCCGUCUAGUCUUAAACGCAAACGCAGGUUCUUAUCAUCCAAUCCAUCCAGGCUCUAUCUAGUUGAAUCUUCUGGUGGGCUAUUAAUGGUACAACGCAUUGUCUCAAUCAACGGAAUUCACUACGAGACUCUGGGGUUCAGGGUCUUCAAGCUCGACACGAGUAGUCGAGAAUGGCAUCGAAUAGUAUCUACCGGCGAAGAUGCAUUGUUUUUGGGAUGGAACGUAUGCUUGUGCAGUAAAUUGCGUGGAUAUGGUGGUGACUGCAUAUAUUUUACGCACAAGAACAUGGUGUGGCGACGGAGGAAGAUGGCGUAUGGUCCUGAAAUAAGUGUGUUCAAUUUGAGCAAUGGGAGCUUCCAAGAUUUGCCUAAGCAAAGCAGUGAUUUAGAAUCAGUGAUUUGGUCCCCACCGGUUUGGUUCAUUCCCACAUAUUAA